GUCUUCUAUCAUUUCCGCCGCUUAAUGAGCACGAACUGAUUAUAAAUAUUCUGAAGCUGGUUAUUUAGUCUAGAAUGACAAUAUUGUUCUAAUACAUUCAACAUUAAUAUCAGCAAUUGGGUCGCUCCAAAAGUACGACGUCACCACUACGGGGGUGUAUGUAGUGCAAUAGUGGGGGUAGAAGGAAGAUAGAAAACAUUAUAACCGUGUUUCAUCCCCUUCAUUUCAAGUUCCGACGCUGACGCCGCAGCAUCGACGGCGUUCCAGGAUGCUGGCAUGCUGGCUCUUAUUUACCGUCUUGUCCUUGUCGGAUGCCUUUCUGGUAACGACGGUAACUGCAAGAGACGCCUGGCAGAAGCCCGGAUGUCAUAAAGUGGGACACACUCGGAAGAUCAGCAUUCCGGAAUGUGUGGAAUUUCAUAUGACGACGAACGCCUGUCGAGGAUUUUGCGAAAGCUGGGCCGUGCCAUCAGGUCCUAAAGCUACACCAACGCAACCUGUUACGUCUAUCGGACAAUGUUGCAACAUAAUGGAAACCGAACCUGUUGAAGCUCGGGUUUUAUGCGUGGAUGGUGUGCGAACGCUAACUUUUAAAUCCGCCGUUAGCUGCUCUUGUUAUCAUUGUAAGAAGGAUUAAAUGGAUUUGGAUGGGAUAUUGAUGGAUAUAGUAUUUUAGGUUAUUCUGUAAAUGUCUAUGUACAUUUAAUAUAGGGUAUUGUUGUAAAUAUUAUACUGACUGACUGAACUGUAAACUAUACUUCAUUAAAUGUUACUUUCUAUAGGAAGAUUUUUUUGAUUAGUGGUUUAGUUGCGUUUGUUGAGUUGCGUAGCAAGACUUUGUUGAUUGUUUUUUGUUUGGAGUUAAUAAAGUGCUUCACUACUAUAUA